AGGACCAAGGCCAUCCCUGUUGGGGAUCCCAUGUGUGAAGAGACACGCAUGGGUGCCCUCAUCAGUAAACCCCACAUGGAAAAAGUGCUGGGCUUCAUCAAGCAAGCAAAAGAGCAGGGUGCAAAGGUUUUAUGUGGGGGAGAACGAUUUGUUCCCAGUGAUCCCAAACUGAAAGAUGGUUACUUUGUGUCCCCAUGUGUGCUGGACAACUGCAGGGAUGAUAUGACCUGUGUGAAGGAGGAGAUCUUUGGCCCCGUGAUGUCUGUUCUGCCUUUUGACACGGAGGACGAAGUUCUUCAAAGAGCCAACAACACAACCUUUGGAUUGGCAUCUGGAGUCUUCACCAGGGAUAUAGCUCGUGCCCACAGAGUUGCUGAAAACCUUCAGGCAGGAACGUGCUACAUCAACAACUACAAUGUUGGCCCUGUGGAAGUUCCUUUUGGGGGCUACAAGAUGUCAGGGUUUGGAAGGGAGAAUGGACAAGUGACCACAGAGUACUACUCUCAGCUCAAGACUGUUGUGGUGGAAAUGGGAGAUGUGGAAAGCCUUUUUUAGGCUAUUGUGAGGUUAACCACCAGCAUUCCUGACAGCAAUGUGGUUUCCAAAGUUCUUAUGAGCUAUAUGAAGUUUGCCAUGUAACAUCUUAAAAAUGCAUUUUAUAACUAACAGUCCCUUACUUGAAAUGUAGCCAAAAGCUACACUGUUGUUGUUUUGAUUGUCCAUAUGUCUGUCUCAGACUUCCAGAUUGUGUUGGUAUGAUAUUACUAACAUGUAAGAACACUAGAACAGGCUUAACUGUUUCAGUUCUGUGAAAUGUUUGACAAACAGAAUUUUUUUCACAAUUUUCAAAAUGCUAAUAGUUCAAAAUACUCAUUAGCUCAUUAAAAGCAAGUGCCUUCUGGUAUGUUUCUACUGUAGUUAUAUUUCACAAAUGUAUUGUAGUCGCCUGGUGUUAGAUUUGUUUGUUUUUCCUCACUAUAUCUCUACCACUCAACGCCAUGAAGAAUUUGUAUUCGACUGGUGGUUGACAAGUUUGUAGUAUUUCAAAUAAAAGUACCCUGGAUUUCAAGAGCAAAAAA